GGCUUUGCUGCAGACCCCGCCCCCGUGGUGGCCUUGCCCGCCCCUACCCGCCGCUGAGGGAGAGCGGGCACAAGCCGGCUGGCUCGGCGGUGGGCUAGAGCGCACCUUCCUGGGCGUUCGCGCUUUGCUGUCGUAGCAGACGGGACUGCAGCAGAGCUCAAGCCCCAUAUGCCAGAAUGGCGUCGUCGCCGGCUCGAGAGCUCACGCAAAACCCUCUCCAGAAGAUCUGGGUGCCCUACAGCAACGGGCUUCCGGCGAAACAUAGCGCGCAACGCGGCGUGUGCAUGACCAACUGUCCUACUCUGAUUGUAAUGGUUGGCCUCCCAGCAAGAGGGAAAACUUACAUAUCAAAAAAAUUGACACGCUAUUUAAACUGGAUUGGAGUGCCUACAAAAGAGUUUAAUGUUGGUCAGUACCGUCGAGAUUUGGUAAAAACAUACAAGUCCUUUGAAUUCUUCUUGCCAGACAAUAAAGAAGGCCUGAAAAUCCGAAAACAGUGUGCCUUAGCAGCACUAAACGAUGUCCGGCGAUAUCUUUGUGAAGAAAACGGGCACGUGGCAGUUUUUGAUGCUACAAAUACUACAAGGGAACGUAGAGACACCAUAUAUAAGUUUGGUGAAGAAAAUGGAUUUAAGACUUUUUUUGUGGAGUCAGUAUGCGUUGAUCCUGAGGUUAUUGCUGCAAAUAUUGUGCAAGUGAAAUUAGGCAGUCCUGAUUAUGUUGACUGUGGUAGUGAUGAAGCUACAGACGACUUCAUGAAAAGAAUUGAGUGUUACAAGAAUUCAUAUGAGACGUUAGAUGAAAAUCUAGACAAGUAA